AUGACACGAUCAAACUAUUACGAUGAAAUCGCCUAUCUGAUGGCUAAGAUACAUACAUGUAGAGAAAAACGCAUGGAAUUAAUGAAAGAGUAUGCAUCAAUAGAGCAUAGUGAUUCAUACAGAAAUGAUUCUUUUUAUAACCAAGUUAUUCAAUAUAAAAUUGAUUUAAAUCGAAUUUGUGAUAAUAUUCAAAAAGUGGAAAAAAGGCAGACAGAUUUAAAGCGUCAAUUUGAAAGAAUUCAACAUGAUAUCAAUGCAAAAAUACACGAUAAUAAUGCAUUAAAUACCAGGCAGUCGUCUUCUAUGCCAUUAUCAGGAGUCACGCCUUCAUUACUGGAUAAAAAUGGAAAACACGCUAUCAUUGGUGAAAAAUCAGGGGAAAAUAUACUGAAACCACAUCUGAGUGGGUUAUCAACUUCAACCGGUCGCAAGUCAAUAUUUGCUGAUCGACAUCAUGAUAAAAUUCAAAAUAAUAGGAAGAAAGAUACAGGUGUUUCAUGUUCUCAGCUUCAACAAGUCAUCAAGAGGACAAAACAAAUUUUAGAUGCUCAAGAACUCACCUUGAACUCUAUCUCAUUUGAUACUACACAUAACAAUGAUGGUGAUGACGAUGAUAAUAAUAAUAAUGAAGGCAUGACAUCAUAUAAACAGCCAACAACAAACAAUGCAACAGAACAUCAAAUUGACUAUAAUGAUGAAAUAAAAAGCAUCGAAGUGAACGAGAAGAAGAAGAAGGAGACAUUCAGUCAUCCAGUGUCAAAUGCAUGUACACUAAGUGAAAGUAAAUGUCUAGAAUUUCCAGAAAAGUUAUUUUACAACAUAAACGCUUCACCUGUUCUUUGUUAUAAACAACAACAACAACAACGAUCAUCAUCAACAUCCUCAUUCUCAUCACAUAAUUCUACUAUUUCAUUUGUGAAUAUUAAUAAUAAUCACGAUAAGUGUAUUGAGAAGAAAUUCAAGGCGAAUAAUCUACAACAAUCAAUUAUUGAAAAUUUCCCGCAAAUUAAUGAAAAGGAUAAAGACAAUACAGAAGAAGAAGAAGAAGAAGAAGUAGAACAACAACAACAACUGCGACAACAACAACAACAACAAAAUGAAAAGGAUGACGAAGGAGGAGAUAGGGAAGAUACUACUAAUACAUCUGUUUCAGAUGAGAAUAACAGACUUCAAAGAGGUCAGUCUUAUGAAGAAUUUUUAGCGAAAGCAACUUUUAGCAUAGAAGAAUAUACAUGCAAUUAUGUCAAUGAAUCGAAUGAUCAUGAAUCUGAAUUCGAUUCAGCUUUGUUAGAAAAUCAUGAAGAUAUGGAAAAAUCGAAUAAACUACCUGAUAUGAACAGUACAAAUCUGCUUUCCUCAUGGACAACAUAUAAAACAGAAGAAUUGGCUGAUGAAAGUGACAGCUUCUAUGAUUAG